UCGCUCUGACCAGCAAUGGCUACCGUUACUGAAACGGAACCCGACGUGGACGGCGGCGAUCUCGACCGCAAGGUGUCCGUCGUGGACAUCUCCGACGACCUGCAGGACUUCAUCAAGCGGGUGGCGGCCGAGAUCGACGAGAACCCGACCAGUAGCUACACCACUCCCCAUAUACCCCUGCCGAAAAUAAACGUCGGCGAACCCGUUUACGUCAAGGCCAUCAAGUACUGGAAGCGCAAAGUCUUCAAGUCCAAAAUAGCAGAUCUCAGUGCUAGAGACGUUGAAAGGGCCAACUUCGUCUUUUCCAUCUACGACUUCGAAGGAAAUGGUACCGUCGACGCUGUCAACCUAGGAGACAUGCUCCGCGCCCUCAACCUCAACCCCACAUUGGCCACAGUCGAGAAACUAGGAGGAACCAAAAAGAAGAGUGAGUAA